AUGGCCGCGACCGCGACUGCAGCGACGGUCAGGAGACCCGUCGUCACGCUGGCGGCACUGGACGUGGGCUUGGGCGUCGGCGCCUUGGUCGACGUCCCCGUCGCGCUGCCGGUCGACGACGACACAGACGAGGGCUUGGUCGUAGCUGCGCCAGGCACUGACGUCGUCUUGUCGUUGCCCGGUGCGACCGUCGUCGUGUUGGCCGACGCCGAAGACGACGCCUUGAAAAAGUCCGUGUACUGCUGGAACGUAUACGCAGCCAUGUCGGCGGUCGUCGUCACCUUGGGCGUCAUCGUGAGGGCACACGGUGGCUGGAUCGACGCGAGCGCCUUUUGCACAAAGGUAUAG